UUUAAUGAACGCACAAUUUGUUUUUUGUCAGCUUUCUCUAGCUCUCUCAGCUGCAUAACUGUCAAGUGUUAUAAAGAGGAAUUUGUGCAUAUUAAUCAGUUAAAAGUAUAUAAGAAACGUACAUAGACAAGUAAAAUAAGACAAGAAAAUGCUUCGCGGAUACGAGGGUAUGAGAUAUAUUUCGGAUAAACAAAUGGUAGUGUUUGACAUUGGUAGCGCGUACACAAAGUUUGGCUAUGCUGGAGAAGUGUCUCCACGUGGUAUCAUUCGAACAGAAGUAAGAUGCUCAGAAUCAAAGAGAAUACGCAAAAUCAUUGAUUAUAAGGAUACUGAGGAUCUCUAUCAGCUGCUUGUAGACUUUCUCCAUUUAUUGUUUUUUAAGUAUGUUGUAAUAAGUCCAAAAGAUGCAAGGAUAUUGCUUUUGGAAUCUCCAUUGGCAGUGACGUCAUUCAGAGAUACCCUUGCGAAAGUAAUGUUCAAGCACUUUGAAGUUGGUUCUAUACUAUUUCUGCCAAGUCACUUGGCAGUUAUCAGUACUCUUGGUAUCAACACAGCCUUGGUAUUGGAUGUUGGAUAUCAAGAAGCAACUCUGAUUCCAGUUUUUGGAGGAAUACCAAUACUUAAAGCCUGGCAAGCUUUAUCUUUAGGUGGACAGAUUAUACAUGAGAAUUUAAAAAAAUACUUUCAAGACACAGCAAGUAAUCUAGACUUGUCAGAGAAGAUGCUGGAGGAUAUCAAAGUAAGAACGUGUUUUGUAACUACAUUAGAAAGAUCUGCAAAGCUAGGAACUGAAAUUGCUCCAAUUUCACCUCCUGAUGUUGUGUAUCCUGGUGUUAAAAGAAUCUUAAUACCUGGAGAAAUUAGAGAAAAGGCAUUCGAAGUAUUAUGGGAACGAGAUAACGACAAUCUUUCUUUGCCUACUAUGAUACUUGACGCUAUUAUUAAGUGCCCAUUGGAUACAAGGCGAGUAUUGGCCGAAAAUAUUAUCCUCGUCGGAGGAACUACCAUGACGAAAGGCUUCGCAAGUCGUUUGAAGUCGGAAUUAUUGGCCCUGAUCGAAAGCGAUCUGUAUAAAACCAAAUUAAAGGUGGAAUUGUUUAAAUUCCACACAGCACCUAGUAAACCAAAUUACACGGCAUGGUUAGGUGGUGCUAUUUUUGGUACAACAGACUUACCAUUACGAUGUUUGUCAAAGGAAGUAUAUUUAAAAACAAAUAGAGUUCCAGAUUGGUCCAAUCUUAUAGAUAAUCAAAAGGAUGAAACUUCUUACGAAAUAUGAAUAGAUAAACGAGUGUUACCAAGCAUAUGAAAUUUAACAAAGUAAUGUAUAGAAAAGCAAAGAUAAAUAAUUGUAUUUAUUACAUGUUGUAUAAUUGUAAUUAUUUAUAAGAUGCGUUGUACAUAAUUGUAUCUUUAAUGACACACUUUUUAUACUUUAUUAAUUAUAAUCACGCUUUAUUAUAAUCACAAAAUACUGUUAUAAUUCCAAUUAAUUGAUGGUAUUAAAAAUAAUCAAAAUGCA